AUGUCGCGGCCAUCAACAGAGAUGCGGGAAGUGCCCUCAUCAGUACGCGACACAGAGCUCCAAGCAGCAGCGUUAGAAGGCAACCAGAUCGGCGGCCUCGACACUGCUGCUGGAACAACAGAGCACGACAUCCACCACCCUUCGGAGACACCACUUGCAACACGCACCCAUACCUCAGACGGUAGUCGAGCGACAUCAGAACUAGACGAAAAGAGUCAGGAGAGGCCAGCGACACCCACCUCGCAGACACCAGGCACCGUCGAUGGGUCUGCGACACCCAAAAAGGCUCACUGGCUUCAGUCCGACAAACAGAUCUUGCCUCAUAACAAUAUGAAGAUAGUGAUGAUCGGCCUUUGUGGUCUGAUCGGGCUUGCGGCCCUGGAUCAGACGAUCGUGUCCACUGCCCUACCUGUCAUUUCGCAACGACUCGAUGGGAACGCAGGCCAGUACUCUUGGGUCGGAUCAGCAUACCUGCUUGCCUCAACCAGUCUCAUCCCGCUGUACGGCCGCCUCUCGGACUUGACCGGUCGUAAGCCUCUCCUCUACGUGGCUACCCUCAUCUUCCUCUUCGGAUCGGCCAUGUGCGGUGCCGCCCAGAACAUGGCCUGGUUGGAUGCUGCUCGUGGUGUUCAAGGAAUCGGAGGAGGAGGCAUUAUUGCGCUCAUCAACAUCAUCAUUGGCGACAUUGUCUCUCUCGAGGACCGAGGCAAGUACUCAGGCUGGAUCGGCGGUGUCUGGGGCAUCGCAUCCGUCAUUGGUCCUCUGCUCGGAGGUGCCUUCACCGACGCAGGUCACUCGGGCUGGCGAUGGUGCUUUUUCGUCAACCUACCUCUCGGCGGCAUCGCCCUCGUCAUUGUCUUUUUCUCGCUCAACCUUAAUCCUCGACCCAAGCUCACCUUCCGCGAAGCAUGCGGCGAAUUCGACUUUAUCGGUCUCUUCAUGGUCAUCGUAUCAGUCAUCCUCAUCCUGCUCGGCUUCAACUAUGCCGAGACCAAAGCAUGGAACGUCCCCGAGACCAUCGCGCUCCUCGUCACCGGAGGAGCCCUACUUAUCGCCUUCAUGGGCUGGGAGUUCAAAACAAAGAAGAAGCCCAUCGUACCUCCACGCCUCGUCACCACACGAACCACCUCCUUGAUCCUUCUCUCGGUCCUGCUGCACGCAUUCGUCUUUUUCGCAGCGACCUACUACCUUCCAGUCUACUUCCAGGCCAUCUUCGGUGCCUCUGCGCUCAUGUCUGGAGUCUACAUGCUUCCCUACGCGCUGGUUGCGUCCAUCCUGUCGAGCGUAACAGGUCUGGGAAUCAGCAGAUUCCGCGCGUACCGGCCAUUCCUGUGGGUGGGCUGGUCGAUCAUGGUUGUCGGCUACGGGCUGAUGGCCACGCUCAACGCCUCGUCCUCGCUGGCCAAGCAGGAGGUCUUCAUUGCCAUCGCUGGCUUUGGUACGGGAUUCCUGUUCCAAACGCCCCUCGUGGGGUUGAUGGCAGCAAUGCCGCACGGAGACCUGUCGACAACCGUCGCCACCAUGUCGCUCAUCCGCUCGCUCGGCGGCACCAUGGGCAUCGCCGUCAGCGGUGCGGUAUUCAACACGCAAUCGCGAUCCCGACUGGCAGCCAUCCCGGGCUUCACCCAGUCGAUGGUCUCAACAGGCUCCGGCGGCCAAGACCUCACAGGUCUGCGCAACAUUCAACCCCCCGAGCUCAGCAGAGAGAUCAUCACCGCCUACGCAGACGGUCUGCAGAUCGUCUGGAUCGUCCUCGCCCCCAUGGCAGGCGCUGGGUUUCUGGCCGUGCUGGGUGUCAAAGGGUACAGUCUCAGGAGAGACGUUCAGAAAACGCCACAGGAAAGCAAGAAGGUGGGCGAUUUGGAGGACCCAAAAGUUGAAGACAAGACGGUGGAUACCGCUGCCAGCCCAACGGAUGACAAGGACCGCUCAUAG